AGAAGUAGUAAGUUAGUUGAUACGCGACUCCGAACCGUUUCGGAAGUAUUGAACCGAGGUUGAACCGUUGUUAGUUCCACCACUUUCGUUGACUCCAGUCGACCUAGGUUCCCGGGUCGUGAUAGAGAAAAAAAAUUACCUGGGUCGGCGGCACCUAAAUAUUUGCGGGUUAAAAAAAGGAAAGCGCCUAAUGAAAGGGAACAAAACUAUAACAAGGAUCAUUGAGUUGAAAAGCUUUGUGUAGCACUUAGUGAAGGACUUGGGAAGUGUACGAAACAAACUUAGCAGCAAACAAAAAACUUCGAAGAAAUUUUUUAGUAAUCCAAACUGCAACUAUGUAGGGAACAAUAAAAAACAAAUAAAAAUAAAAUGAGAAUGUGCUCAAGAAUAACAUUCAAUUCUAAACAAUCUUCUAUUGUCAACUGUUCUCCCAGUGAUAUUGACAGAGUAAUUUCGUUUUAAAAAAAAAACUUUCCCCAUAACAGAUAAACUACCCUAAAAUAUAGUACAAAACCAACAAAAAAAAAACACGCACCAUGUUAGAAUCGAUCAAGUUUUUCAUCUUUAUUUUGCUGCUAUUGCUAACGAUUAUGCUGAACCAGAAUGUUACGUCGAAAAAAUCCGGCGAACUAGAUCUCAACCAGUUUUGGACCAUCGAAAAUUCUAAUCGGACGCUCAAACUACAGAACCAAUCUAUACCUUCUGGGGUGUACACUGCCCUGGAACAGGACCAGAUCAUCGAAUCGAUACUGGAAUUCAAAAACGACAUCACAACGAAAUGGAUCGGUCUGGAAAAUUGGACGUACACGACGAUGUUGGAGUGCGAUACCAGAAUACUGAACUACUCCGAAGUCAUUCUUACCUUCCACGGUGUGGAUACGUUCGCCCGGAUCUACAUUGGCAACAAACUUUUGGGCGAAACCAACAAUAUGUUCGUGCGGUAUCGUUUCGAUAUUCGACAUAUGCUACAGGUCGAGUGUCGAGCCAACCUCCAGUUGAGAGUAGAGAUUCGGUCUUCGGUUUCGGAGGCGGCUAGCUUAGCUGCAAAAUAUGACAAACUUAAGAUCGUGCCAGAGUGUCCGCCAGCAGUUUACCACGGAGAGUGUCACGUCAACUUGAUAAGAAAAAUGCAGGCCAGCUACGCGUGGGACUGGGGUUUGGCAGCCCCUUCCAUGGGCAUUUGGAAGUCCGUCAAGCUGGAGUUCUACGAUUCGGUGAAGAUUCGCGACUUGACCUUUGCCCUGAGUGACGAAGAAACAGGUUGGGAAGUUGUUGUAGGAGUGUACCUUGAGACGGGAACCAAGGAGGCUCAACUUAAGGGAACACUCACUUUCAAAUUUAUGGGCAUUCAAAUUGAAACGAAUGAAGAAAUUUUAACUGUCAAGGGUACAAGUAACUCGACCGGAGAAUUUUUCAUCAAUCAUACCCUGCACAUUCCCAAGGAAUCGGUGGAACUAUGGUGGCCAAAUGGGUACGGGGCCCAAAAAUUGUACAGCCUUUACGUCAGAUGGGAAGAUGAUAAAAUAAAUAGCGUUCACGAAAACUACCACGACUCGAGAAUUUCGGAAAAAUCAGUACGGGUUGGGUUCCGCACCGUCAAACUUUGCCAGGAACCUUUCACGGAUGGACGGAUGUUUUAUUUUACCGUCAAUGAUGUGCCAAUAUUCAUGAAGGGAUCAAACUGGAUACCGUCAUCGAUCCUGCCGGAAAAAUCCGCCGACAAAAAAUAUGUGAAAUAUCUUCUGACGGCUGCGAGAGAUGCCAACAUGAACAUGCUCCGCGUUUGGGGCGGUGGGGUUUACGAAAGUAACGAGUUCUACCGACUAGCGGAUGAGCUGGGCAUUUUGAUUUGGCAGGAUUUGAUGUUCGCCUGUUCGAUGUAUCCCGCCGACGAAGAUUUCCUGGAGACAGUGAAGUUGGAAGUACAGCAGAACGUGCGGAGAAUUCAGCAUCACCCGAGCAUCGCCAUUUGGGCAACCAACAACGAGAAUGAGGUUGCAAUAAGGCAAAAUUGGUACAGUACGAAUUCGCUCGAGAAAGAUUACGUUGCUGAGUACAAGAAAUUAUACGAAGAAACUAUUCGUCCCACGAUUGCCGAAAUAGACAGCUGGAGAGAGAUUCUAACCUCUUCUCCAUCGAAUGGUGAUCAACCAAGAGAUGAUGAUUACAUUGCCAAAAAUCCACAGGAUCCUCGCUUCGGGGAUGUUCAUUACUACAAUUACGAAAUGGAUGGAUGGAAUCCCAUAAUCUACAGCGGGGGUAGAUUCAUUUCCGAAUAUGGCUUUCAAUCGUUUCCGGCUUUCACGAGUUGGCCUGUCCGGGACCUAGGGCUCAACAAUUUGACAGAUCUUAUAAACCAUCGUCAGCAUAGUCCCCUGGGAAGUGUCCCGAUUAUAAGAAUGAUCGAUGCUAAUCUGCCUACGCCGAGUAGAAAUUCAACUAGCUAUUGGCAAAAUAUGAUUUAUCUGAGCCAGGUAUCGCAAGCAAUGAUUGUCAAAACUGAAACUGAAGUGUAUCGUUCGAAACGGGUCGAAAAAGGAACCAUGGGAGCGCUGUACUGGCAGCUGAACGAUGUCUGGACAGCUCCGUCCUGGUCCAGCAUUGAAUACGGUGGAAAAUUUAAAAUUUUACAUCAUUGGAUAAAAGAUGUCUUUGCCAAUGUCCACGUGAUCGCCUAUUUUAACUCUCAGAACAGUCUUGAUAUUUACGCUAUCCGUGAUACUCUCGGAUCCGAUGAGGAAUAUACUAUCGAAGUGUGCAUACAUUCUUGGAAAAGUUUCCUACCGGUGGAUAAGAUAAGUUUUACCAAAAUUGUACCUCAAAACACUGUCGUAAAAUUUGACUCCUACGAUAUUUAUAAAUAUUUGGAACAGAAAUCAUUCUCGCGCGAGGAUCAUAUGCUCUUCGUCAAUCUUUACCAAAAUAAUAAGAAAAUUUCUGAUAACUUCGUGUUCCUGAAUAAAAUAAAAAAAUCGAACUUACCAAAACCGACAGCAACAGUGUCAAUUGCUGCUUCCAGUUGCAACAAAUCCAAUAACGCCGUUCUGUACAGCCUGGAAAUCUCCACCACUAGGCCAGCUCUGUUUGUGUAUUUGGAACUGGCCCCGGAAGUCGUUUCGCUUAAGAAGUGUCAGUUUUCCAAAAAUGGUUUCCUACAAUUUACACCGAUUCAGAUGCUGUACCUGCAAUGCAUAGAUAUAGAUUGCAAAUCUAAACUUCAGAACAACGAUAUCACUUUACAGACCAUAAACAGUUUGAUGAACUAGAUAUGUAUAGUAAAUAAAUUAAAUCUUUAGUUGUGGA